CUCUCAUAUCAGUCAGCUACGUACGUGCAUAUAUAAAGCAAAAAAUCGCGAGCAUUGGCAGCAGAUCACGUAGUGAUCGAGAGUGGGUUUCGGGGAGAGACCUUCGUUCAUACUCGAUGGAACCUUGUUCUGUAAAUUGAGUUAAAGUGCAAACUUGUUCGGAUCUCUACGUCCAACUUGUAUUUUACCAAGGUCUUGUGUACGGUGAAUGUGUCACUUACUGACGGAAUAGACAGGUUUUUAUUUUUUAACAAAUACACUGAGGAUAUUGUGAUACGUGCACAACGACUUGGUUAUCAUAUUCAGACGUUCAAGGUAAAUCAAUGAAGCGAAGGUCAAAGUAUAAUGAUACAAUGGCGAGUCAUGAAGAUAAUACUUAUAAUAAUUUACCUAAUGUUUACCUUUGUACACUUGGAAAUAAAUAAUAACAAUGACAAUAAUAAUGAAUUAUCAAAUAAGUUUAAGCGAAAUAAACCGGCUUAUUCAUCGAUCGGUUCAAAUGCAUUAGCAAGAUCCGCUUUGGUGGAACGUCAAGAGAAGCUACAAUAUAACUGUGAAGAUAUAAUCGCAGCUAAAAAAAUUAACGAACGUGUCUUGAUACCAAAUGAUUUUAGAAAUAUACUUGUAAAUGAUGAGCUGGAAUUGCUUUAUUGCUAUGUACCGAAGGUUGCCUGUACUAAUUGGAAACGUGUUUUGAUGAUUGCAACUGGGAAAUGGUCUGGAAAUAAUCCUCUUGAAAUACCAGGAAAUCUUACUCAUGCUGCUGGUACCUUCAAACGAUUGAGUAAUUUUACGAUGCUGGAAAUUGAACGUAAAUUAUCAAAUUAUGAUACACUUAUUGUUGUAAGACAUCCGCUUGAAAGAUUACUUUCGGCGUACAGAAAUAAAUUUGAAGCUAAAGAUGAAAUAGGUUCCAAGUAUUUUCAAAAUCGUUUUGGCCGAAAGAUUAUAAAAAAUUACAGACGGAAUCCAACUAAAGAAUCUCUGACAAAAGGCGAUGACGUUACAUUCAGUGAAUUUGUUGAUUUUAUAACUAAUAAAAACAUAAAUGGUACAAGUAACGAACAUUGGAAGCCGAUUUAUGAACUAUGUUUGCCUUGUGAUGUUAAUUAUAAUCUUAUUAGCAAGUAUGAGACACUUGCUGAAGAUGCGAUGGAAAUAUUGGAAAGAAUUGGCGCUGGAUCGUUAACAUUUCCAAUGAGAGCAUCGAGCAAUGAGCCAACGGCAGGAAAAUUGGAGCAUUAUUAUUCAAUGCUCACUUAUAAACAAAUUAAAAAAUUAGCGAAAAUGUACAAAAUGGAUUUAAAGUUGUUUGAGUAUUCUUUGGAACAAGUUCUUGGAUUUUCUUUAGCGUGAUUUGUAUUAUGGUGUUCUUAUAGAUUUAUGUAAAUAUAUUUAAAUGCAUUUAUUAAGGAUAUACAUUUUAAAUCUGUGAUUAUCAAGAUGGUGCACAAAUUUUUAGUUUAAUAACUAUUUGAACUAUUAUUUAUCAUGCAAAUUUUUUAAGUGAAUAAAACGAUUUAUUGCCAUUUUUAUGCCAUA